GGGAAGGAGGGAGGUUCUUUGUGCUGUGCGGAGCUGGAAGCGGGUCGUGCUCUGGACCGGCAUCUCGCAAGCAGAGAGCUACAUCGCAAGGCAGGAGGUGCCUGGCGAACCGUAAGAAAUGUUUUCCCGAUUAAGAAUAGCCGUGGCCCCUUGCGGGCUGGCCUGCCGCAGCGCACACACCAAGGAAAAGGGCAAGCUCCUGAUGCUGAACCCCAGGACAAAUAAGGGUAUGGCUUUUACAUUAAAAGAACGUCAGAUGCUCGGGCUCCAAGGACUUCUGCCUCCAAAGAUAGAGACCCAAGACAUCCAAGCCAUGCGCUUCCAUAGAAAUCUGGCCAAAAUGACCGACCCUUUGCAAAAAUACAUCUACAUAAUGGGAAUCCAGGAAAGAAAUGAGAAAUUAUUCUACAGGGUAUUACAGGACGACAUCGAGCGGUUAAUGCCGAUCGUUUAUACGCCAACUGUGGGCCUAGCAUGUACCCAGUAUGGACAUAUUUUUAGAAGGCCAAAGGGAUUAUUCAUUGCCAUAAGCGACAGGGGCCAUGUUAGAUCCAUCAUAGGUAACUGGCCGGAAAAUGACGUGAAGGCUGUCGUAGUCACUGAUGGAGAGAGAAUCCUGGGCCUUGGAGAUCUGGGUGUGUAUGGAAUGGGGAUCCCCGUCGGUAAACUCUGUCUCUACACAGCCUGUGCUGGCAUACGGCCCGAUAAAUGCCUCCCCGUGUGCAUCGACGUCGGAACCGACAAUCAGACUCUUCUGCAAGACCCAUUCUAUAUGGGGCUCUACCAGAAACGAGACCGGUCCCAACUUUACGACGACCUCAUCGACGAGUUCAUGGAGGCCAUUAUAGACAGGUACGGCCAAAGCACGCUCAUUCAGUUUGAAGACUUUGGAAACCACAACGCUUUCCGCUUUUUGAGGAAGUAUAGGGAGAAAUACUGCACCUUUAACGACGACAUACAAGGGACAGCGGCGGUAGCCUUAGCUGGCUUGCUGGCGGCACAGAAGGUUAUUGGGAAGCCCCUCACAGAGCACCAGAUCUUGUUCCUUGGUGCGGGAGAGGCUGCCCUUGGAAUUGCGAAUCUCAUCGUCAUGGCUAUGGUGGAAGGGGGACUUUCCACAGAAGAAGCCCAAAAGAAGAUAUGGAUGUUUGACAAAUUUGGCUUACUGGUUCAGGGCCGGGAACAAAAGGUGGACACCAACCAAGAACCCUUCAGUCAUCCAGCCCCAGACCAGGUGCCCAAGACCUUCUUAGAGGCUGUGAACGUCCUUCAACCUUCUGCCAUCAUUGGAGUUGCAGGCGCUGGCCGGCUCUUUUCCCAUGACGUGAUUCGAGCGAUGGGCUCCAUCAAUCAGAGACCAAUAAUAUUUGCACUGAGUAACCCGACUACGCAAGCCGAAUGCACGGCCGAGGAUGCAUAUACGUUAACAGAGGGGCGUUGCCUUUUUGCCAGUGGCAGUCCGUUCGAGCCAGUGAAGCUGAGCGACGGCAGAGUCUUCAAACCGGGCCAGGGGAACAACGCUUACAUAUUUCCAGGUGUCGCUCUUGCUGUUGUGCUCAGUGAUGUCCGACACAUUAGCGAUAAAGUGUUCCUGGAAGCUGCAAAGACGCUGACUGAGCAGCUGAGUGAGGAGGAGCUAGCCCAGGGAAGGCUGUACCCACGGCUCAGCAACAUCAGAGAGGUCUCCAUUAACAUCGCUGUGAAAGUUAUGAAGUAUUUGUACGCUAACCACAUGGCUUUCCAUUAUCCCGAGCCCAAGGACAAGAACCAGUACGUCUGGUCCAACGUCUGGACCAACGAAUACGAAUCCUUCCUGCCUGAUUUGUAUGACUGGCCAGCGUCUAUAUCGUACCCACCGAAAACGCAAUGACUUUGCCUCAGGAUGGAUUCCUCAGGUAGCACUUGAAUUCUGCAGGGAGCCCCUCCUCAGAGCAUUUUUCCGGAUUAUAAGACUCGUAGCUUACUUUCCCCGUUUUUCUUCUAAAAUUCCCUUUGUAACCGUCCCUCCAGUUUCUCGCCACAUGGAUUUCGUCUGACAGUGAAGACCUGGAUUCCCACCGAUGGACUAAUUGAACACAGAAAGUUGCUUUAGAUAUUUUAAAGUUCAGUUCGACAUCCCACGUUUCAAAGACGAUUUAACCACGUACAGGGGAUCCAUAACCCUUUCUUGGCAUCUCGUCUUAGGCCUCAUUUUAUAUGUUUGGCAGAAUCAAAAUGGAGGUGCUUUUUCUGGAUUGUGUCCCUUCAGGUGAUAGAUGGCAGGUUGUGUAUUUAAGUGCUUCUCCUGUGCGUGCGGAAAAAUUCAGGGAGAAGAGUGUGGCUUAGCUUUCCGGCGUUCUAUUUUUCUACUCGCAGGCGGUUCGUUUUGCCGAAUGUUCAGAUACUCAAUCCUCCGCUGCGGCUUGAAGUAGCACAGCCUAGAAGAAUCUUUACCACCCAGCCUUUCUCCAAGUACAAGAGGACCAUAUGCUUCCUUUCCAGAGGUCUCCCUUUUGUGCAGUAAUUUCCUUUUGUGAUCUGUUUGAGCCUUCCACUUGUCAGAUACGCUGAAUUUGUGACAAUAGUCAAAGACAGACUUGCCCAGAAAGGAAUUUCCCCCCCUGGAGGACAAGACCCACGUGUCCCAAGUUUCUGAGCUUCAAGCGAGCAGCUCAGGUUUUGUGAGUGCACCUGGCAGAACUCAUUAUUCUGAGUAAGUGUGAUUGAGAU